UUUCUUUCUCUUGCUUCCAAAACAAAUGCACAUGAUUAUCUUAUCUUAUGUAAGAUCUUUACGACAGGAGGAGGUGCCCAUAUGCACAUAAUACAUUCUUAUAUUGUCUCAGCAGGUGUUGCUGAAACAUGAAUGUGCAUGUUGUGUUGCAAUGUCAUAGGUUUUUCCUUAACUGGAGAUAUUUGAACUCUGAACUGUUCUGCUUCGUGGUGCUUUGGCAGCGUUCUGUCAGUUUAUAGCUGUGGUACACACUGUCCUAUUUAAAGUCCGUGUAAAACUGUGACACCACAUCUAUAAUCCAGUCAAUAAAUUACAGUGUGUGAUUGACUGAAUAUUGAUCCCUGAAAGCCUAUGUUUCUCUAAUGGGUUAAAGCUGAAUGAUUAUGAAUAACUGUUGUGCAGUACAGCGUGCAUUGUAGAAUUUACAUUUUUCCGUGCUAUGAUUAUUAUUUCCCCAUAUGUCACUGCUUAUUAUUCACCUUUUUUCAGGAAGUAGAUUACUUUCUCAACAAGAAAAUGACCCACUCUGGUGAUAGUGGAACUGAGGCUGAACUUUAUAGAGCAGAGUCCUCUGGCUUCCUCUCUGUUUUUCCAGACUGUGUGCCACAAGAUAGAUGGGGAGAAAGAGGAGAUAAUGAGGAUAUCCAAGACAAGUUGUUGCAUUCAUGUUGCACAGCAGAGGGCGGCAUUGAUCAGACAAGUCCAAGCUCCAUGUUGGAGCACUGGGUGUACGCAGAUAACCACCACAACAUGACAACUAUCACUCCUCUUACCACUCAAGGACCCAACAGGCCCUGUCCGUUCAUACCUGUCCCUGAUGCAGUGACAGUGAGCUCUGUGGUUAAUCCCAUGGCGUGUAGCCCCGUGACGGACACCUGCAGUCCCAUUAGUUCCAUGUGCAGUCCCAUCAGUUCAGCCUGGGACGCCCUCAGAUCCACAUCCAGAAGCCCCGGCUGCUCCGAGGGGGAUCCUGUCACUGCUGCAGCUCACCUGCAUCUGUUGGGGGAGUCCUUGUCCCUGAUUGGACACCAUCUCCAGGGGACAAAUAAAAUGGUGAGUAUGUUGAGCAGCUUGUCUCUGCUCCUGGACUCUCUGCUGUGUGCUCUGGCUCCUCUAACCUGCCUCACCACACAGAUACCAGAGCUGAGGAGCUGCACGCAGCACACACUGGCCUCCACUCUGGAUAACAUUGCCUAUGUAAUGCCGGGGUUAUGAGUGAUGACGACCAAACAUCAGACCAAAUGUCUUAAAAAAUCUAUUUUGUUAUAAAAGAAUAUUUGUUUA